CCCCCAAUUUCUUUAUCAAUCUUCUUCUCCAUUUCUAGAAAGAGAAACUGUGACUGUGUGAGAGAGAAAGCUUCAAACCCCAUUGGUGGGUACACACAUAUAUAUACCUCUAAACUGCUUCUUAAAUCUCAGAUCGAAGUAGAACCACUAAAAUGUCAAUGCACGCCAAGACAGAUUCGGAGGUGACCAGCCAGACAGCGUCGUCUCCGACGAGGUCACCACGGCGGCCGGUCUACUUUGUUCAGAGUCCGUCGCGUGAUUCGCACGACGGCGAGAAGACCACCAACUCGUUUCACUCAACACCUGUGCUGAGUCCAAACGGGUCACCUGGCCGACACUCCCGGAACUCCUCUUCCACCAGGUUUUCCGGGUCGCUCCGACCCGGAUCAAGGAAAGGAAGCAGCCAUCAUCAUCAUCAGCAGGUUCGGAAAGGCGAAAAGGGAUUUGAUGCAAUUGAAGAAGAAGGACUCAUCGACGAUGAUCAUCGGAGAGGAAUCCCUCGCCGGUGUUAUUUUCUGGCGUUUGUUGUUGGGUUUUUUGUUCUCUUCACUUUCUUUGCUCUCGUUUUGUGGGCCGCUGCUAGACCUCAAAAACCGGUCAUCACGAUGAGGAGCAUUUCGUUUGAUCAAUUUGUAGUCAAUGCUGGAGCAGAUGCAUCUGGAGUUGCUACAGAAAUGGUGAACUUGAAUGUCACAAUCAAAUUCAAUUUCCGCAAUCGGGGAACAUUUUUCGGAGUUCAUGUGUCAUCAACACCUAUAGAUCUCGCAUACACCGAGCUAACACUUGCCUCUGGAUCUAUCAAGAAAUUCUACCAAAAACGAAAAGGGCACAGAAUCGUGAGUGUAAAUUUACAGGGCCGUGGUGUGCCGUUAUACGGCGGCGGCGUGAACUGGAGCAGCGAGAACGGCAAGCUGACGGCACCGGUGCCACUGAACCUCAACUUCACGGUCAAAGCCAAGGCUUAUGUGCUCGGAAAAUUGGUGAAACCCAAGUUCCAUAGAAAGGUUUCUUGUGCCAUUGUUUACAAACCCACCAAGAUCAAUGCACCAAUGUCUCUCAAGAACUCUUGCACCGUUGAGUAACUCAAAAAUGGCGGAAAUUGUACAAGUCUUUAAAGCACAAGCUUUUCAAUACUCUUUGCUGGUAAAUUAUAUCUUCUUUUUUUGUAUUAAUUCUUUAAAGGUCGGAAAUUUGAAGAAUGAGGUAAAUGGGUUCCGGUGAAUCGGAAUAUUACGGGUGACCGUUGACCGCGGUGGAGCCGAUGACCUGUGUCGGUGGGGACUGGGGGUGUUGAUUGGAAAUGUGGAAAGAUGAACUGAUCUGUAAUUGUAAUAUUUUAAUAUUUAUUAAUUAAUAUUUUAAUUUUCUGAUUUUUUAAAUGAAAAAUAAUGUACCACUAUCU